UUGUAGAAACGAAAUGGCUAACGACUACGUUUCCUCUCUUCUUCUUCUUCUUAUCCUAAUCUUCUUCUACAGUCAGGGUACUCAUUCUGCAUCUACCGUCAAGUUUCUUCCUGGUUUUGAUGGUCCUCUUCCCUUUGAGCUCGAAACCGGGUAUAUUGGCGUUGGUGAGGAAGAGGAAGUGCAACUGUUUUACUAUUUCAUAAAGUCUGAGAGGAAUCCAGAAGAAGACCCUCUUCUGCUCUGGCUAAGUGGAGGACCUGGCUGCUCUUCUAUCUCUGGUCUUCUUUAUGAGAAUGGGCCUGUGACUGUGAAGCAUGAGGUUUACAAUGGAACUCUUCCUUCCUUGGUCUCUACGACAUAUUCAUGGACUAAGAUUUCGAGUAUAUUAUAUUUGGAUCAGCCUGUUGGAACUGGCUUCUCCUACUCAAGAACUCCAUUUGUUAAUAAACCCAGUGAUUCAGGAGAAGCCAAGAGGAUCCAUGAGUUUCUUCACAAGUGGCUAGGCAGGCAUCAAGAGUUUCUCUCCAACCCUUUCUAUGUCGGGGGGGAUUCUUAUUCCGGUAAGAUCAUCCCGGCACUCGUUCAAGAAAUCUCAAAAGGAAAUUAUUUAUGUUGCAAACCUCCAAUAAAUCUUCAGGGGUAUGUUCUUGGAAACCCAUCAACAGAAAGUGAUACUGAUAAAAACUAUCGCAUUCCAUAUGCGCAUGGAAUGGCACUGAUCUCAGAUGAACUCUAUGAGUCAAUGAAGAGGAUCUGCAAAGGAGAAUAUAUAAAUGUUGAUCCACGUAACACAAAAUGCUUGAAACUCGUGGAAGAAUAUGAAAAGUGCACUGAUAGAAUAAACAAACCACUUAUAUUAACGCCAGACUGUGAAGAGACAUCUCCUGAUUGCUAUGAUUAUCGGGGUUUGUUAACAACCUACUGGGCCAAUGAUGAGAGUGUGCAGAGAGCUCUUCAUGUCAAUAAGGGGAGUAUAGGGGAAUGGGUACGUUGUGAUUGGGACAUGCCUUACACUCAUGACAUUAAAAGCAGUGUUCCCUACCAUAUGAAUAACAGCAUCGAUGGCUAUACUUCUCUCAUCUUCAGUGGUGAUCACGACAUGGAAGUGCCUUUCCUUGGAACGCAAGCUUGGAUUAGGUCUCUUAAUUAUUCUAUCAUUGAUGACUGGAGACCUUGGAUGAUAGGCGAUCAAAUCGGAGGGUACACGAGGAGUUAUGCCAAUAAGAUGACAUUUGCUACAAUCAAAGCAAGGAGGAGGACACACACCAGAGUACAAACCAGAGGAGACUUCCAUCAUGUUCAAAAGGUGGUUCAGUGGUCAGCCUUUGUAACAUGAUGAAGCCAUAGUUGCUGUUCGAUCAGAAAGCAAUUUUAAAUUUCUUCUAUAUCCUUUUCAUUAAAACAAAUUGCGUUUUACAGUAAAACUAUUCUUAGAUACAAAAAGCUCGCUCAACCACAAGAGUUUAACUGGUUCA